UAAGAUAUUGACGAAUUAAAUAAUCUAGUUUUACGUGUGGGUUAUGGCGCUGGUCAGUGGAACAUAUCGGAAAAUAAACAGGCGAUUGGUCGAAAUUGCUUCCCUAAUUAUGUCACACAAGGCUGCAGUCUACCUGUCAUCAAAAUCGGCCCAAAGCCAAUCUUCCACAAGCUGACAGCUCAGUGUUUUCACAAUUUGAAGAAAUGUCGAAGAGAAAUUACCCCUCUCUGAAUAUUCUGCAAUUAAAACUCAAGUAGUUAAUGAGACCUCUUCACCUUUUGGUUGCCCCGGGCAGGCGUUUGUGUCGAACUUAGUCUUUUAAUUGCUGUUAUUAAAUAAAUCAAUCCCCUUUCCCUGGGACUUGGAGCGGCUUUUGAUUGGCGUGUGAAAUUGGUGUGUUGGGGUUGAAGCGCGGCGCAGGGAGCAUUGCUGAAUCACAAAUGCAGAUCUCAAGAACAUAAUGCACAUUGGAUAACUAUUACUUCAAGUGCUGCCUGUUUUUGUAAGUAAUGACUAGGCUAUCCUUCCUUUUUAAAUGUCAUUUCGGUAAUAGCUGGGGUUGUCAUGGUGAAAUGUGAAAGGCAUGAUAUUUAUGGGAUGUAGCAGGGGGCUUUUAAGGCAGCUGCGAAGUGUCUGACAGACCAAAUUCCCCCUUCCCACCGUAUAGCUUCUCGCCAUGUGUGAAGACUGCAAAGGAGGCGAAGAGCUGCUAGGCAAAUGCACUGAAGACAGGAGAAAAACUAUAAUGGGCGCCCCGGUGGAGGUUUUGGAUGAGGACUCGUCGUCACUGCAGGCGAUGGCAUCUGCGCCUCUGUUAGGCAGAAAUGUCUGUGCAAGCUGCAACGAGGAAAUUGUGGAUAAAUAUUUAUUAAAGGUUAACGACUUGUGCUGGCAUGUGCGUUGUCUCUCCUGCAGUGUGUGCCAGACUUCACUUGGCAGCCACACAAGUUGUUACAUCAAAGAAAAAGAGGUUUUCUGCAAACUGGAUUACUUUAGACGGUACGGCACCUGGUGCGCGUGCUGCGGCCGCAACAUCCACUCCACAGACUGGGUCCGCCGGGCCAAGGGCAACGUGUACCACCUGGCCUGCUUCGCCUGCUACUCGUGCAAGCGGCAGCUGUCCACCGGGGAGGAGUUCGCCCUGGUGGAGGAGAAGGUGCUCUGCCGGGUGCACUACGACUGCAUGCUGGACAACCUCAAGCGCGCCGUGGAGAAAGGUGAGCCGGCCCGGGGGGCACCAGCAGGCCCGGCAUGGCGGCCAGGGCGCCCGGGCUUAGCUUCUUUAUCUACCCGAGGUGCAGGAAACAGUGUUAAUGUGGAGGGGGCCAUGCCCACUGAACAGGAGAUUAACCAGCCCAAACCCUCCAAGAGAGCGCGGACCAGCUUCACUGCGGACCAGCUGCAGGUGAUGCAGGCCCAGUUUGCCCAGGACAACAACCCAGACGCCCAGACGCUGCAGAAAUUGGCCGAGCAGACAGGCCUCAGUAGGAGAGUAAUACAGGUGUGGUUCCAGAACUGCAGAGCACGCCACAAGAAGCACGUGAGCCCCAACCACACCUCCAGCACCCCCAUGACCUCGCUGCAGCCCAGCCGCCUGUCCCAGCCCACCCCCACCCCCGAGGAGCUGCAGUACACCGCCUACGGAGGGCCGGAGGGGUCCAUGCUCUCCGCACUGCACUCCUUCAUGGACGUACACUCCCCUCCAUCCAUGCUCUUCCAACCGCUGCUGCCAGCCCACACCUUGACCUCCCUGCCCGUGUCCCAUGCCUGAGCUGCUCGCACACACGCACACACACACACACACACACACACACACACACACACACACACACACACACACACACACACACACACACACACACACACACACACACACACACACACACACACACACAUACACAGAGACACACACAGACAUACACACAGCAGCCUCAGAUACCAGCGACCCUGUUUUUGAACACAGUCUCUCCAGAUAGUUCAUCAACACCCCACAGUAUUCACAAUAUUUGUUGAUAUGCAUUUUCAGGCAAUGGCAAGACAGACAUUUUCCAUAAACCAUAAAUCUUCUCUUGAACUCCUGGUACACUCAUUACAUGUUUAUAUUCUUUGCAAGCAUUUCAUUCACUGUAAGCAUAUUAUGGAUGACUAUAAUUUCCAGUGCUAAAUGUACUGUAUUAUGUGGAAAAGGAAAGAUUUCAGUGUACCUCAUAGGAUUCUGAGAUAUGGCAUCAUAGGACAAUGUUUCUUUGUGUACUUGUUGCAAAGUGCCACAGUUUGACAUUUCUACUGUAAGUGAAAGCCACCAGACCUAAACUGCCAUUUGAAAAUAAUGUCAACAUGUUAUGAAGAUGAAUUUGAAAUGAUUUUUUUGUAUAGCAGUGUUUCAGUAUUGCAGUUUAAUUUAUUUAUUGUAUGUCUUUGAGAUGUCCGUUUUGAAAUAAAUGUCUAAUUUAAGAAAAAACGGGAGAUUUCACUGAAUAGAAACGUUACACAACAAAUUACAUCCAGUGCCAGCUG